UUUUUUAAGAGAAUGCAGCACGACGAUGUUGUUUGGAGCAUAAUCAAUAAGUCAUUCUGUUCGCAUAAAGUCAAAACUGAUACACGAACUUUUUGCCGGAAUGAAUACAAUAUAACAGGUCUUUGUACACGUCGCACUUGUCCAUUAGCCAAUUCACAAUAUGCCACUGUGCGCGAAGAGAAAGGCAUUAUAUAUUUGUAUAUGAAAACUGCUGAACGUGCUCAUAUGCCCAGCAAAUUAUGGGAACGUGUAAAAUUAUCUCGAAAUUUCGAGAAAGCUAUUCAGCAAAUCAACGAGAAUCUGGUGUUUUGGCCCAAGUAUAUGAUAGCGAAAAACAAGCAAAGAUUUUUGAAAAUUACACAGUACCUUAUACGUAUGCGUAAAUUGAAACUACGUAGACAAAAGCUAAUAGUACCACUUUCACGCAAAAUUGAAAGAAGAGAAGCGAGGCGAGAACAAAAGGCACUGAUAGCGGCGAAAAUCGAUAAUCAUAUUGAGAAGGAGCUAUUAGAGCGCUUAAAACGUGGAACAUAUCAGGAUAUUUAUAAUUUCUCUCAAACAGCGUUCAAUAAAGCUUUAGCAGCCGAGGAAAUUGAAGAUGAUGAAGAAAUGGAAGCCGAUGUAGAAGAAGAAGAAGAACGGGAAUUGGAGCACGAAAUGAAUAACGAUGAUUUGAUCCGGAACCAUGUGAGUGAAGAGUUUGUGGAAGCUAGCACUGAUGAGGAAAUCGAUGAACAUGAAGAUGAAGUAAGUGACAAUGAAGAUGCUGCAAGUGAUUCCGGGCAAAAAGAAGAAAUUGAAGUUAACAGCGAUUUUGAACUGUCACAAGACGAAUGCACUUCAGACAUUGAGGAUAAACCGGCUAAUGCUUUUGUAAGAGCUCCCUCCAAACUGUCAACUAAACCUUCGGCAAAUAGCAAGAAAAUUACGGCGACGCAACUCGGUAAAUUUUCUAAACGUCCGCUUAGAAAAAGCAAAGUGGAAAUUGAAUAUGAAAUGGAAACUGAAACAAACCGGCAAAGGCUACAUAAGUGAGGUAUUCUUUACAAUCAUUUAUUUACCCGUUUGUAUACUAUUCAGUUAUCAUAAAAGUUGUGUUGAUGUAAUAAUUGCUACUUUUUUUUUUAUAAAAAUAAAAUUCUAUUUUUAAUUA